GUGUGGGGGAGGGUUUGCGCACACAGACAGUUGACUUUGCCUUAGCGGGAGACGAGAGGCGCCCUAGGACAUCACCCACACAGCAGCCGGGGACGGCGCAAAAGUUCCGGUGAUACCGACCGAGCAACUCGCAGAUCCAGAUUUACCAACUCCGGCCUGGACUAAGCGCUUUAGCGUGGUUCUGUGGAUAUUGUUUUUAGUUUCUAUCGCCGCAGCAGUCUUGCCGACGCAGCCGGCUCCAGAGGAAACCAUAUCUGGUCAAAGUAUUCGUUGCCUUCAUAAAGCGGGACGGCCGGCUAUUAAUAGCGCUGGAGGAGGUAGGCCCUGCGGACUACAAAUCAUCUAGGAUUUCUCUGCAGAGCCAAAAUCAAGGUGUGUGAUCAUGUCGGUGAUGAGGAAGGAGAUGGAGAAGUACCGGGACAUCGAUGAAGACGAUCUGCUGCAGAAGCUGACAGAGGAAGAACUUCAGAGACUAGAGAAUGAACUGGAGGAGCUAGACCCUGAUAAUGCCUUGCUGCCGGCCGGAAUGCGGCAGAAGGACCAGACCAAGAAGGCCCCGACCGGGACCUUCCAGAGGGACGACCUGCUGGCACACCUGGAGAAGAGCGCCAACGAGCACCCGGACAAGGAGGACCUGGUGCCCUUCACCGGGGAGAAGAGAGGUAAGGCGUUUAUUCCUAAGAAGCGGUCCGACCCCAUCCUGGAGAACGUGACCCUUGAACCCGAGCUGGAGGAAGCUCUGGCUAACGCUAGCGACGCCGAGCUCUGUGAUAUAGCAGCUAUCCUGGGGAUGCACACCCUGAUGAGUAACCAGCAGUACUAUGAAGCUCUGACCAGCAGCACCAUCGUCAACAAGCAGGGCCUCAAUAGUGUGAUCCAGUGUACCCAGUACAAGGCGGUUCCUGACGAGCAGCCCAAUGCGACGGACGUGGAGGAGACACUGCGGAGGAUAAAGAGCAACGACCCCGACCUGUUGGAGGUCAACCUCAACAACAUCCGGAACAUUCCGGUGCCCACCCUGAAGGCGUACGCGGCGGCGCUGAAGGAGAACAGCGUGGUGGAGCGGCUGAGCGUCGUGGGAACUCGGAGCAACGACCCCGUGGCCUACGCGCUGGCGGACAUGCUAAAGGUCAACACCACCCUGAAGAGCCUCAACGUGGAGUCCAACUUCAUCACCGGCGCCGGAGUCCUGGCCCUCAUAGAGGCUCUGCAGUCCAACACCACCCUGCUGGAGCUGAAGAUAGACAACCAGAGCCAGCCGCUGGGUAACAAGGUGGAGAUGGACAUCGCCAGCAUGCUGGAGAAGAACCGCACCCUGCUGAGGUUCGGCUAUCACUUCACCCAGCAAGGGCCCCGGCUCAGGGGCUCCAACGCCAUGAUGACAAACAACGACCUGGCCCGGGUGGUCCGGUGUGACCCUGGCACUGACGGCUCCUUCACCCUCACCCUCUCCGUACCGGAGCUGGAGCGCGCCCUGGGGAAGAAGUUCAAGACCCGUACCAAUAAGAAAGAGAAGGCUUGAAGGAGGACCCAUCUUCCCAAAGUGUCGGACGAACGUGUAAAAACCAGGGUCCCCCCGUUCAGACGCCAUCAUGUCUUCUUCAUCCCCGUCCAUCCACUCCACCUUAUUGAACUCUCCCUCACUCCUCUCUUCUCCCCGCCUCUAUGUACUUCUGUCAUCGAACCCUCCUGUCCACCACCCCUCAUCUCAACCUCCUCUCCUCUCUUUCACCUUCCGUCGUCCUCCACUGUUACCUCCACUCCUCUCUCAUAUCCUCUCCUCCACCUCCUCUCCUCCUCCAUCCUCUUGUCCUCUACCUCCUCUCCUCCUCCUCCUCUCCCCCUCCACCCCUCCACCUCCUCUCCUCCUCCUCCUCUUGUCCUCUACCUCCUCUCCUCCUCCUCCUCUUGUCCUCCACCUCCUCUCCUCCACCUCCUCUCCUCCUCCUCCCCUCCCUUCCCUCCGUCGCUCGGCCCUAGCCGCUAGCUGCCUAGCUUGUAAAGUAGAUGCUAACAGAGACCAGUGCCCUGACUGGUGUUUUCAAAGAGCCAUAGCAAGGUGUUUCUGAGCUUCAGGAUGGGGGAGCCGGCUUCUCGUGGCUGGCAGAGGGCAACAGAACCCUUGGCUGUAGCUCUCGUUUCUAACUAACCAAUACGGUGAUAGCACGAUGAUAGAGCUACUUUUUUCAGGUGUCUUUUUUCAGAAGACCUUUUGGAAGCUAGGGGGUUAGCCUAGUGAACCGUAGCUUGAACCUUGUUUCUACAGUUUCAGAUUUAUUUAAAUAGUUGUAUUCUGCUGUAAAGAAUGAUUAAAAAGCUUUUGUUGCUAUCCUGCCCUCAUGGUGGCAAACACCCCAACACCGUUAGCAAUAGCCUCCCAGCUAAUGCCCCAUAUAUACAUACUCUGUUUUAUACAUUUAAUUUAAUGUACAUUUGUUCAGACAGAAUACAUGGAUUUAAGGUACUGUAGGGAAGAUUUAAGAGUGAUAAUUUGAGAAUAGUAUUAGAAUAUUUAAAUUUUUAGACCACACCUGGUUAAUUUCUGACCAAUCAGGGCAUCUCUCCCUAAUUUGGGUAAUGUAUUCACCCGGUCAAAGACAGGUGGUGAUUGUAAGCAUUCUCAAUGCUUGAGAAACAUAGGGAGGGAGGGUGCAGAGAGGGCGGGACGUUUUUUAUGUUUAUUUUUUCAAAAUCAUGCUCUUUAUGCUGUGUUGUGCUCUCUCUUUACACCUCAACAACCUUACCUACAGCAUAUUGAAGGGCCUUAUCAACAGAGUGGAGGUCCCCUAGUUUUUGGGGCCCCCGGUGAGAACUCCUGGUGAUCGUUGAGAGCCCACUCAGGCAGCGUAAUCCUGUCUCAUGAUGUCACUUCCUCCUCUAAUUAGCUUUUAAUUUAACAACCCUAUGAUAGCUGGCCAGGAGCCGCUUGCUGAGUGAGCCCGGAUCAAUUAACCACAAGCCCUAACGAGCUGCGGGUGUUUGGACCUUGAGGGCUCCUGUACUCCGCUGCUGUGCUGAACUUUAACCUCCCAGAUAUAAAGAGAAGAUAUUUAUUUGUGGUGGACCUGGGGGGAGGGGUGUGGAGUUAUAAACCCAUUUGAUUUUACCUCGGGGCCCUUUGCUUGUGUCUGGAUUCCACUGAGAGAUGCGUGUAAAGUGGAGAGGUAAUCUUGAGGAAAUGACAGUGUGUUCUCCUCUUAUAUGCACGUUCACGCGAGGUUUUGAAAACAGACUUUUGUUUAACAAGCACCAGCCAGGUCUCUCCGGUAGAGAUGGUUAACGUCACAGAGACCAACCUGGGUAAAUAAGGUUGGAUCACUCAGCCUGGAGCUGUCUGUCAACUGCAGCAGGCAUGGACGCGUGGAGAGAGAGACUAAAUAGUGUAGUACUCCACUAAGUAUAACCUUAAUUAGAUCACCAUUACGGCAGGGACAACUCCAGGUGCAUUGUGGGUAACCGGGAGAUCUGGUGACAGAAUGGGUUUAUUUCUCAGCUGCUCCCCCGUUGGUCUCUGAUGUGUUUGGACUGUUGGUGUUUUUUAGUAGUUAUUUACUGGAGAUGGAGGCCAUAAGGUAAUGUCCAGGGUACUAGGUUUGUUGAAAGUAGCUGUUAUUCAUUUAACUAUGGAACUUUUGUUGAGACUUUUUAUUGUGACACUGACAGAUACCGGUUUCCUUUGUAACUGAGAAUGCAGAUCUGUUUUCACUGUGAUGAUGUGUGCAAACAACAACCAUGUACACAUACCGUACACAGCUUCAAAAUAAAUGUCCAUCGUGUAUGUACAAC